AGCUGUACAGCCAUAGCCGUUGCAGUUCUAGCUAUACGACACGCGCCGAUGGACUAGAGUUGCAGUUGCGAGUAGAUUCUCUUCUGUAGAGCGCACCAACACUGCAACUCAACCCAGAUUUACCCGACCGGCAGUUUGCCCGAACGCCUUUAUACACAUGACAGCAAUAAUUCAUCGGUCUACCUAGAACGUACAGUUUCUUCUCAAAAUCUUCUUCCAUUUGAAUUUUAGUUCUACAUAUUUGAUUAAGAAAGAGAAAAAGAAGAAUCGAAAAUGUUAUUAAGGAUAAGCUUACUCUUCUCCUUCCUCGCCCUCUCUGUGACGGCAGAGUCGGAUACCGAAGAGGUCUCGACGGCCCGAUGGACAAACUCUACCCCAGCGGUUAAAAGUUGUUCUCAAGCUAGUGCCUGCAAAAAAGGGGUCAUUUUGCCUCUGUGGGAACCGCAAAAAAAUCUUUCUGCUGGAGACAAGGCGGCUAGGGCCACAGUUUAUAUGGCGGCGAUGAUUUUCAUGUUUCUCGGUGUGUCGAUAAUAGCCGAUCGAUUCAUGGCCGCUAUUGAAGUGAUUACGUCGAAAGAACGCGAAAUCACUAUUAAACUGCCAAGCGGUGAAACAACGGUCGUAAAUGUCCGAGUUUGGAAUGAGACAGUAUCGAAUUUGACACUUAUGGCGUUAGGUUCAUCGGCUCCCGAGAUUUUAUUAUCGAUUAUCGAAAUCGUUGGUAAUGACUUUAAAGCUGGACAAUUAGGGCCUAGUACGAUAGUUGGUUCAGCAGCUUUUAACCUGUUCAUAAUCAUUGGUUUAUGCAUAUACGUUAUACCUGACGGGGAUUGCCGACGAAUUAAACAUUUACGGGUUUUCUUUAUAACCGCAACAUGGAGUAUAUUCGCCUAUCUGUGGCUAUAUAUCAUUAUCGCCGGUUUCUCCAAGGGUGAAGUAGAAGUUUGGGAAGCUGUUCUCACAUUUCUCUUCUUCCCCGCAACCGUUUUAACAGCAUAUAUAGCCGAUAGGAAAAUCUUCUUUAUGAAGUUUAUGAAUAAGAAGUACCAUGCAAGCCGCCAUGGAAGGAAAUCAAUACAGGUCGACGGAGAUUUGGAAUUAGCGGAGAGAAAUCACGUUGGUUCGGCUUCUGAAGAUGCAAUCACGUUUAAAGGAUUAGACAGUGACGAUACGGAAAUUCGAGAGUUCGAGAAGCACCGUAAGGAUUUUAUCGAUAUUCUACGCGAACUUCGUAAAAAGCAUCCUAAUUUGGAUAUGAAAUCAUUGGAAGAAAUGGCAGAAAUGGAAGCUAUGAAUAGAGGUCCGAAGUCGCGUGCUUUCUACCGGAUACAGGCGACAAGAAAGUUGACUGGUGGCGGAAAUGUCAUAAAAAAGAGUAAAGUCGAACGUCGUUCGUCUUUGGAGGAUGUCAAACUUGAUCUGGAUCAUGAUGAUAACGUCACCCGAAUCUUCUUUGAGCCUGGUCAUUAUACAGUUAUGGAGAAUGUUGGCACUUUUCAAUUGACAGUCUCCAGACACGGGGGAGACACAAACCGAGUUAUACAAGUCGAUUACGUGACAGAAGAUGGAACAGCUAACGCCGGAACGGAUUACGAAUUUGCCAGCGGAACUUUGGAAUUUCAACCGGGUCAGAUGCACUGUCAAUUCUCUGUUACCAUUAUUGAUGAUGAUAUAUUCGAAGAGGAUGAGCACUUUUACGUUAAAUUGCACAAUCUACGCGUUCCAGGUUAUGGCGGAGAUCAAAAUAGCGUAGCUCAAUUGGUCAUGCCAUCAAUGGCAACUGUUAUGAUUUUGGACGACGAUCAUGCAGGCAUCUUUCAUUUUGAAGGUUCGACAAUGUCUGUAUCCGAAUCGGUAGGAGAAGCGGAAAUAAAGGUUUGCCGUUCAUCGGGAGCACGUGGAAAGGUUAUUGUACCCUAUACAACUAUAGAAGGCACGGCCAAGGGUAACGGCAGAGAUUUCUUCGAUGCUUCGGGCCAGUUGGUAUUCGAAAACGACCAGACUGAGUAAGUAAUACGUUAUGUAUGCGUUUAUUGUAUGUUUUAUUCAUGUGGGUUUACGUCCCACUCUUCUCCCUCCUUCGUCCUCUCCACUCCAAAGGCUAUCAAUCACGUAAGCGGCCUAUAGUUUGUCCACUGUUAGGGUUACUAUAGGAACGCGGCGCCUACAAGAUGGUUAGAAAUAUAGCGCUUGCUAUAUAUUUCUAUAGGCUAUUUCUUGCAACUGCAGUUGUAAUUCGAACCGAACAGCUAUAGCUGCUACAGACCCGGAUGUUCAGACUCAACAGCCACUUGAUUUUUUAAUAUUAAAUUACGCCUCUUUCAGCCUGAGCUAACUCGAGAGAUUCCAUAUAAUAACAUAUGACACAAAUCGAUUGCCCCGUUCCAGAUACUUUCGUUCAUAUCCUAAAUAUAAUAAAACGUGUUUCACACACUCUCUAGUAUAUAUAUAUAUAUAACUGUUUCAUAGGCUUAUGUACAAUUUAUUCUUUUGUAGGUGCCUGAUCUAUAUUUAUAGUAUGUAUGUAU